UUUAUUGAUUAUUAUAAGCGUUUGUGUUGACAUCAACAACGCAAAGUUAUACAAGUGUUCCGUACUAUUGACGGUAAUUUUAAGAUUGUAUAUUAAGAAGAUAUUUUUAAAAAGCCAUUCUAAUGGGUUUAUUGUCUAUUUUGAGAAAACUCAGGGCUACACCCGAAAGAGAGCUGAGACUGCUACUAUUAGGCCUUGACAACGCUGGAAAGACCACAAUACUGAAGACCUUAGCUUCCGAGGAUAUAUCACAUAUAACUCCUACAGCUGGCUUCAACAUAAAGUCGGUGGUGUCUGAAGGCUUUAAACUUAACGUGUGGGAUAUUGGAGGCCAAAGGAAAAUCAGACCCUAUUGGAAGAACUAUUUUGAAAAUACUGAUGUCUUGAUCUACGUGGUGGACUCCUCUGAUAAGAAGCGUUUGGAGGAGACUGGAAUUGAAUUGUACGAACUAUUGAGCGAUGACAAAUUAGAAGAUGUGCCUCUUUUAGUUUAUGCCAACAAACAAGAUCUUCCUCAAGCCUUGACUGCAGCUGAUUUGGCUAAGGCUUUAAAUUUACCUUCUAUAAAAGAUAGAGCUUGGCAAAUACAAGCUUGUACUGCUAUUGAUGGGACUGGUGUAAGAGAUGGCAUGGAAUGGGUCUGUAAAAGCAUCAAGAAGAGAUGAAGUUUUUAAAUUAUAUGCACUUUUCAUACAUUUACAAUGUACUGUUCCGUCCAUUAUAAUUUAAUAAAUUAUAUUAUGAAUA